GAGGAGAAAAAGAAGAAGAGAAGAAGACAGGGAGAUAAGCCACAAACAGGAAGCGAAGUGACACACACACAUUUAGAAAUACACACCGCUUGUUUGUGCGCGUGUGUGUCUGAGAAAGAGAGAGGCUGCGCGAACUAAAGGGUGAACGGGAACGACAGGAAGGGAGGGAGAGUGACGCGGAGACUGGGAGAGCCGCCCCCCUCCUCCUCCUCCUCCUCCUCCUCUCCUCCUCUCCCUCUCUUUCUCUCCUCUCCUCCCCUCCUCCCCUCUCUCUCUCUCUGUGUUGAGCAGAAGUGUAACGGCAUCAGACUCGGCGUGAAGGAACCAUGAGCGAUGUCACCGUCGUUAGAGAGGGAUGGCUCCAGAAAAGGGGUGAAUACAUAAAGAACUGGCGACCUCGUUACUUCCUGCUGAAGACAGACGGAUCUUUCAUCGGCUACAAAGAGAAACCUCAGGACGCAGACCUGCCCUACCCACUAAAUAACUUCUCUGUAGCAAAAUGUCAGCUGAUGAAGACCGAGAGGCCAAAGCCGAACACCUUCAUCAUUCGCUGCCUUCAGUGGACCACUGUCAUCGAGAGGACCUUCCACGUGGACUCACCUGAAGAACGAGAUGAAUGGGCAGAGGCCAUCCAGAUGGUAGCUGACAAGCUGCAGAAGCAGGAAGAGGAAAGGAUCCAGUGCAGCCCCACCUCCAACAUCGACAAUUUGGUGGAGGAGGAAAUGGACAUCUCCACUACGCAUCACAAACGCAAGCUGUUUUUCCAUUUGUCCAGAGAGCGAGUGUUCUCGGAGGAGCGCACGCGCUUCUACGGAGCCGAGAUCGUCUCCGCUCUCGAUUACCUGCAUUCAGCCAAGAUCGUGUACCGGGACCUGAAGUUGGAAAACCUGAUGCUGGAUAAAGACGGACACAUAAAGAUCACUGACUUUGGACUCUGCAAAGAGGGCAUCACUGACGCUGCUACUAUGAAGACGUUCUGUGGGACACCAGAGUACCUCGCGCCUGAGGUCCUGGAGGACAACGAUUACGGCCGGGCGGUGGACUGGUGGGGUUUGGGCGUUGUGACGUAUGAGAUGAUGUGCGGCCGCCUGCCGUUCUACAACCAGGACCACGAGAAGCUGUUUGAGCUCAUCCUCAUGGAGGACAUCAAGUUCCCGCGCACUCUGUCAGCCGACGCCAAGUCGCUGCUGUCCGGCCUGCUCAUCAAAGACCCCAACAAAAGGCUUGGGGGAGGACCAGACGACGCUAAAGAGAUAAUGAGACACAGUUUCUUCUCCGGCAUCGACUGGCAGGAUGUUUACGAUAAAAAGCUCGUCCCUCCCUUCAAGCCUCAGGUCACAUCGGAGACGGACACCAGGUACUUUGACGAGGAGUUCACAGCUCAGACCAUCACCAUCACUCCACCAGAGAAAUUUGAUGAGGACGGGAUGGACUGUCUGGACAACGAGAGACGACCGCACUUCCCGCAGUUCUCCUACUCCGCCAGCGGUCGAGAAUGAACUGUCCACCGCGGGGACGCCGUCGCAGCUGGUCUCUGAGGUCAUCAGCGUGGGACACGAUGACCCACAGCUUUGGACUGACUCAGAGUGACCCAAACUUGAAGGCUUUUGCCCUUCUCCUCCACCUCUUCUCUUUUCACCUCUCCACUCCACUCCGCUUAUUUAUUUAUUUCGUUGUUUUUUUUAUUAUUAUUUUGUUAUUUUUUUUGUGAAUCCCUUCAGAGACUAAAACCUUUAGGCAAAAAUUUCUGUCUAAUUCUGCUCUGCAGCCCCGGGCGCUUCAAACUGUGAUACGAUCAGCUGCUGUUUAAUGACCCUUUAACAGGACGAGGUUCACCAGCGGCCUGCUGUGCUUUGACGUGCGUUGAYCCCGUCAAACUAAACAGAACCGACRUGUUUGAAGACAUUUAGAUGUUAGCCGGUCCGUUUAUUUACAUGUAGGUGUUUUUAUAGUUUCUUAUCCGUAUGAUGAAGACGCCGCAUUUUAAGUCGUUCCAACCCAAACUGCCAUUGCAGGUUGUAUCUCAGGCUUUUUGCAAACACAGACUCAGAGAGACAUUUCGCGUCUGGCUUUCAGAGCAUCGGUUUCUGCGAUUCUGGGAUCGAUUUAAGCAGCUGUCAUCGGCGAGCCAGAAUCCUACGCUCCUCCUCGUCAUCACGCAGGAUUUGACUCAGGUGUUGCUCAGUCCAAGUUGUUGUUGCUGCUAUUCCAACCACCACAACUACUACAGGUAUGACUCYUCUUACUACUGCUCUUCUACUGCUACGACUAAAAUCCGGUGCUACACUUCGAAACAAAUGCUGUGGAUCGUCACAGAAGCGCCAGCCAAACACCAACCAUCUGUAUUACCAUCUAUGCUACUGAACAGCUGCUAACUUCCUGUACAGCUCUUAUUUACGUGUCGACUCUGACGUUUAGAGUAAAAAAAUAUAAUAAUGUAUCGUGUGUGUUUGUGUGUGAAAGGUCGAAUCAAGGGUUUGUGUUCGACGACGCGCCUCAAAGCACAGCAGCUCAGACUGAUGACGCUCCUGAAGGAAUGAGCUUUAUUCCAUUACCCACAAUGCACGAGGCAUCGAUGAUUUGUCUUAUCACAAAGGUAAAAAUCAGAAAAAAAGGAAGGAAAAAAAACGCCUGGUUGGAAUGUUCCCUUCAAGUUUUUCCCCUUCUCUUUUUUUUUUUGUUGUUGUUGUUUUUACAUAUUUAAAAUUUCUUCUGUCCCGAAAUUGGGAGAAAMAAAAGAAAAAGUGAAACGGUACUUUGUUUAAACGACAAAAAGCUUUACUGUGACGUGUUGUUGGGACCUCUCUGAGUCCGAGCAGGAAAAAAACAAAACGAAACUGCAGCAGAAAGGGAUUCAACUGUGAGUUGAAAGAGCAGAAUAUCAGGGAGGGAAGAGGAGAGAGCAGGAGAAAAUCUCAUAGAAAGAGGCAAUAUUAAAUAUUUAUAAUGUGAUAAUUUAUAUGUAGUAACUGAUCUGUUUUCUGCAAGUUUCUUAAGAAAGAUAAAAAAAAGAAAAACAAUCUAUGAGGAGGUGAUAGUUAUGGAUUUACAAGAAUCACAGCUAUGGCUAUAAAAUAUGUUUAUUUAUUGCUCUACACCAUGGUUUUAUAUUUAACCUUUUCUAUUGUUAUUACAUUAUUUAAGAAAAAAGUAUAUUGUUAUUUCUUAGCAUUAGGGGGAGAAAAAAAAACACCUCGAGAAACAAAAAUGGCUGAAGAAUGUAGGAGGGAAAGCAGAUAGCCUUCCUGCUCCAUUGUUUUAUUUUAUGUUUUUUGUGUUGUUUUGUGACCAAAAUGUGACAGCCGGGAGUGGAGGGGAACACGUUAAAGACGAGUAUAAAGCAUCCCGCGGGCUUGUGUUCGUGAGGGAUGGAGAAGAGUUCAGAGGAAAAAGGCAAAGUGGAAAGUUGAGCAGAGAGGAAGUGAGUGAAGCACAAAAAGUCGGAGUAUAAAGACCUGGUUAGACUUGACAAGACGUAAGACUUCGGAUCUCGCUGAUGUGGUUUUGAGACGGUCUUUUUUCAGACGGUUCAUACGUUAAGAGAAACUGCAGGUGAGACGUGUGUUUUUAUUUACAGUUGGAGAAAUGACGACGUGAGUUCUCCGUGUUGACGUUCCCUCUGACGGUUCAGAAGUCACGGAUGGAGACGCUCCUGACGCGCUGAGAACAUUAAUCGGUGCUGUAUUAAAAGAGACGUGGAAAAAAAAAACAGCUGCUCUGACGUGUGGCUGUCACUCAAACAGAAGGACUCUUGCCCCUUAUCAUAUUGCAGAGAUCAAAAUAUGGUGAAGUGCAUCUUUUUAAGAUUUAGUUUUAAAAUAAUCCAACUCAUAGUUGUAACCGAGCUGCUACUUUAGCCAAUCUCUGUGCCGAUAAAGUUUGUGUUUAUUUCCACCUCGAGGAGCACGCAAGGCUAAGAAAAAAACACACGGAAAUUUAAAAUUUGGUGUUUUGAUUUAAGAAACCUGCAGAUGGGUGGUCCCUGAAGGUGUCAGUCAGCGCUACGCCGGCCCACCUCUUCAGAAGUCGACAGUUACGCCUCUGUUACUACCUCGCUUCGAGGAACAGAGCUGCUGCAGAGGAGAGGUGUUUCAGGCCCCCACCCUGCCUCUGUGUGUCUUCUGAAUGCGCAGAGGUGGKGGGUGGGGGGGCAAUCUCUGGAAGUGCGUAGAGAGACCUCCAUAGACAGACAAAGUGGGAACGUGUCGGACAGCCGCCUGUGUCUCCACGCUGUCUCCUUCCACAAGUUCUGCUGUCUGUACAGUUCAGCUGGAACYGUUGUAAAGAUGGCUGUAUUUUCUAACAGCCUUGGCAAGCUGCUYCUCAGCAGAGCAGAAAUAAAGAUAAGUCACUAAAAUAAGUCACUAGUUCUGACGGGGGAGGGCUCUGCGCGAGGAGGACAAUAAGCUAUUUUUGUCACCCAACCAUGUCAGCGAGACACGUCUUACAUUUCAUGAACUACAAACCAGGUUUAGGAGAGAGGAUUCAGAGCCAAACUGUAAGUGUGUUGAAGAAAGGAGGUGGAGGAGUCAUGGGUCGGCUCGGUUCAAUGGGUUUUUUUUUUUUUUAUGAACGGGGAUGUUUCAUCUUUACCGCGUGUCGUCAUUUCUCCGGUCUAAACUUUGUGUUUGCAGUUGUUUCUUUUGUCUUCCAGUCAGACCAAGAAAUAUGUGUUUAAAAAAAAUCCCCUCAAUUUCUCUGUCUUCAGAUGCCGGGUAAGCCUUAUGUGGUUUAACUCAGAAUCAGUCAAACACAUUUACAUCGAACAACCACCACACACAAGAUAAAACCUUAAAAAAGUCAAAUCUCUACUGCAUCUAAAAAGAAAUUGUUUUCUGUGUGGAAAAGGCCACUUUCUGUCAGACAGAUAAAGCAGAGCACCGGGGGAUGUGUUCUUAUUAGGUACAGAAACUUGUACACCCGUUUAUUUAUUUGAAUGUUUUUACUUUCAUCAUUGACGAGUAACUUGAAUUUAUUUUCUGUUUWAUUUAUUUGUCGUGUUUCUUUGUUGUUUUAGCAGUACAAGGGCGUAGAUGUGUCAACUUGUUCCAAACAUUCUUCGCAUUAGUGAUACCUUUUAACCCUUACCUGUUUUUUCUGCUGCUCUCAAGUCCACACGCUUUCCUGUUGCACUACCAUUAAACCGCAUAUAGCUAGCAACGGCGCUUUAUGGCAGAAAAUUAAAUUAAAAAGGAAAAAAAAAAAGGGAUGGCGCUUGCCUGCAUGCUGUAGUYCUCCUCGGCCCGCACCACCAGGCCCGAGUCAAAGUGGCACUCAGAACUCUGAUGAAGAAUACUUCUCUGUGAUCGAACGAGUCURUCUGGCUCCGCUGAGGCAGCCGAGGGGAGAAAAAAAAAGUUCAAAACGAGGCCAAAUCCCACCCAGCUGGCACCCCUGACAGGCUCAAGAAAGCGCUCCCAAGUAUUUGGAAGGAUUUCAGCUUUGAUUUGACCCAGGUCUGCGGGCGGCUGAGGAGUUCUAGCUGUAUGUGCACGAGGAACGCCAAAAACCAUUAGAAACCAGAGCUCAUAAAAUACCGCUUUGUAGCUUUGAACACAGCACUUUCACACAUCCAUCACUUUUGAUAUGAUUCAGAGGAAUCCAAUUCAGCCCUGCCUUUAAGCGAGAUUUUUAGCUUUUUUUAUGUUUUUAAAGAAAAUGACGAUUUUUAACUAACGAAUCCCCUCCACAUAGCUUUGAUGCUGCUCUGAUGUGUAGAUUUGACGAGACGUGGACCGGGUGUCCUCAUGUGCGAGUCAGAGCUGUCUACUGUGAAACGGGGAGAAGGUUUGUGAACUAAAACGAUACUGUAACUGAUCAAUCAUUGCACUAAUCUCCUCUGGAUUAAAAAAGAAGAUGUUUUCCCUCCUGUGAGCCUCCAGCUCUUGUUCAGUUUUAGGUUAUAGGCUGAUUCUGGGUCGGGAAGGUUUAAAAAAGGAAUGAUACAUUUUCUGUGGGAGUUUUUUUUUUAUCUUCUUCUCUUCGGUUCAGCAACAGUGAUUUACUGUCAGUGGUCUCAGUUGUUUGUAAACUGGAUGCAGAAAGUCAAGUUUCUGUUUUCCUCGUCGUACCGGACCGUGUGUGGCGCUGCGCCGACACCGUUCGCUCUCUGAGCUGUUUGAACUCUACGUCCACAACAGACCCGAGUCCAGCUGUGUUUCUGUCAAGACACUGUCGGCUGCUCGGCGUUGAGCUCGUUCACGAACCGGUGACAUCAGUCAGAAACCAGAAACCGCUCCGCUGCUGCCAUUAAAAAAAAACACACACACACAAAUUAAACAAAGGUUUCUGGUCAACGUCAGCAGAGCCCCUCCCCCCACCCCCACCCUCUACAGUACUACUCUUCAUCUUGAUUAUUCCAGUAACAAACAAGCAUGAAAUGCAUUUAUUUAUCAACCCAAAACAGCGAACAUGUAUAAAUAUUUCAACGCUCCAUUUUACUGUAGCUUUACAGUAGUGAGGGACACCUCUGGACAGAUUCCAGCUGUUUCCAGAGGUUCCUCUGAAGCGCUGCAGCUCUGCUCUCCGAUGUCGUCAGCAGACGAGAGACGAUGUUGACGCGGAGACGGCGUUUAGGAAACCCAACAGAUCCAAACAGAUCCACAGAAAUGCAGAUCAAACGGCCUUUUUUUCUGUCCUUCAUGCUGUCAGGAUGCAGUGCUGCUGGCCUGUGAGGCCGCGAGGAUGUGAAAAUAACAGAUUACCAUCAACAUGGAGCUGUUUUUUUACACUGUACAUCCUUAGUAUUUUUACACAUAAAAUGUAUAAGAUAAGGAUGCACAUAAUUUUCCGUCUAACGGACAGCUUCAAUAAAGCACUCUGUCAAUCUG